AUGCUGUGCGGGUGCACGGAGGAAUAUUUACGCGCGUGAAGUGUGCACAUAUUGGUGUUCUUAAAGAGCGUCACUUUGGAGCGGUGGUGUGCGGUAAAGGAACGCGGGGAACGCUGUCUGCUUCCAGGACAAUAUUUUGGACCAUCAAGAGGUGCAGGAGACCGACCGAGGAGCGCAAACAUCACAAGGACGAGCUGCCCAAAUCGCCGCAUUUUGCACCAUUUGGUUUGGCACGAUGCUUCACGCGAGUUGCGCGAUUUCGAGCUGGAUGUGCGUCUUUGCGGCUUUGCUGCUGGCGCUGCUGCUGCACGAAGGACCCGGCGGCGUGCGUGCGGCGGAGUUCGGAGGUUUCCCGGACAACAUCACCGUUCAGGAGGGGCAGAGCGUCAUCCUCAGAUGUAAGAUCGAUGACGAGGUAACACACAUGGCCUGGCUGAACCGCUCCAACAUCCUCUUCGCCGGGAACGAGAAGUGGUCUCUGGACCCGCGGGUGUCCUUGGUCAACAGCAACAACAGCGACUUCUCCAUCCAGAUCGAGCGGGUGGCCGUGGCCGACGAGGGUCCCUACACCUGCAGCUAUCAGGCGCGGACCAAGCCCCGCACCGCGCACGUCCACCUCAUCGUCCAGGUGCCGGCGAGGAUAGUCAACAUCUCUCAGGAAAAAUCGGUCAACGAGGGCGAGGACGUGAACCUCUUCUGCCUGGCGGUCGGCCGGCCCGAGCCCACCAUCACCUGGAAGGACUUUAAAUAUGGGCACACGUACGAGGGAGAGUUCCUGGACAUCUUGGAGAUUAAAAGGAAUCAGGCGGAGGAAUACGAGUGUGUCACCAAUAACGGCGUGGCGCCGCCGGACACCCACCGGGUCAAGGUCACGGUCAACUAUCCACCCAUGAUCACAGACGUGAAGAACAUGCCAGCUCAGGUGGGCAAGACGGCUAUCCUGCGCUGUGAGGCCAUGGCUGUACCCACCGCGUCCUUCGAGUGGUACAGGGACGACCAGAGGCUCUCGGAGGGCGACAGCGCGCUGAAGAUCAAGAACGAGAAGACACGCUCGCUGCUGCUCUUCACCAACGUGACGGAGAAACACUUCGGCAACUACACCUGCUUCGCCUCUAACCGCCUGGGGGCCUCCAACGCCAGCAUGCUUCUGUUCAGGCCGGGGGCGGUGUACAGUGGAGGAACGUCGCUGAGCGCCUGCCUGCCGGUAUUCGUCUUGUGGCUCAGCCUGUCCAUCUCCGCCCUGCUGAAGGUCUAAAGGACGCCGGCGCCUCGGAAAACGGAUGUUAAACGACGAACCCAUCACUGUGAAUACAAAAGAAUUAUGCAUUAACCCAGGAGCCAUCUCUCGCAUCGUGUAACCGCGCCCGCCCUGCCCUCCCUCGUCUUUCUUUACCCGCCCGCCCGCGCCGCUCGCCCCGCGCCCGGUCACCCUCUCCGUGUUCGUAGGUGUUGUGAUGGUGAAGUUCCGAAUGCUCGGUGUGAAACGUCAAGCUGCCGACCGGACCUCGCAGUCGUGUGUUUGUGUCGACGACGAUGAUGAUGAUGAUGAUGAUGAUGAUGAUGAAGGUCACGUGACCCCGGAAACAAGCUGCUCACCAGCAGGCCGCGCCGGCCUACGCUCUCUUCGAUCAGCAGAAACGUACUGUGCUGCGAAUGAUGUCAAAACCACCUGCGCUGAGGGUCAGCGUUAGCAUGGCGGAGGGGCAAGUGCGACUUUUUGCCCCCCGCUGGAGGUCUCGACCCAGGGCAAAGCAUGCCAGCCCAGAUCGUCCCUUCGCUCUUUUGUUUUUGUUUCCACGUCCACAUCUCACGUCUACAGUGUAAAUAGAUCUGCAGCGGAGGCCGUCCCAUAGACAUCAAAACAAAACAAAAAAACCACAUUUCCCAUCAGCCUCUCUGUUUCCGGUGUCUCCCGCCCCCCCUCUUCUUGUCGCUUGUUGAUAGCAUGUACUGGUUAGCGCUGUUCCUGUUGUGACGUCCAUCCGAGCUCCCCGCACUGUGUACAUUUAAUCUGCAAGGUUUAACUGCGCUUUUAUUUUCGGUGUUAAUAAUAAUAAUAAUAAUAAUAAUAACGAUGAUGAUGAAGAUGAUGAUGAUAAUGAUGAUGAUGUUAAGAAAUAUUUGAAAUCAAUAUGAAAAAAGAAAAAAAAGAAAGAAAAAACUCGUCAGAGCCACGUGUGCAGAAAUAUUUUAUACUUUUGCUCUGAAUAUUCACUGAAUGGUUAAAAAAAAGUUA